CCAUUUAUUAAUUUUUUUUGUUGUAUUAGUGAUCCCUACAGAAAGAUUUGAAAAAAAAAGAAAAAAGGCAGCGUCUUUUAGGGCGUAACCACCAAACAGAGGUCCAUGGAAGAGGAACCCGCCCAAGUCCCUGGAUCUCGCGGCCGGACAAUUGAAGAAUGCCAAGACAUGAUUCGUCGAAGUCUCCGAACUCCAAUGGCGAAAUUUUUAAGGGAGCAUUUGGAGAAAGCUGGGUGUGGAGUUGAGGAAAAUUUGAUCAAGGCCAUUAAUUGUGAUUCAAAAAUCAGUGGUGGUUAUAUUUCCGGCAAAGGGAUAAUAGUGUGUAGCAAUCAUAUGAACAUUCAAGAUGAGGUCAACCAAGUGGUUAUACAUGAACUGAUUCACGCUUAUGAUGAUUGUCGUGCUAAAAACUUGGACUGGGCUAAUUGUGCUCAUCAUGCCUGUAGUGAGAUUCGUGCUAGUCAUUUAAGCGGUGAUUGCCACUAUAAAAGGGAACUGCUGCGGGGUUACAUGAAAAUGAGAGGUCAUGGACAAGAAUGCGUGAAAAGAAGAGCAAUGAAAUCAGUGAUUGCUAACCCAUACUGCUCUGAAGCUGCUGCAAAGGAUGCUGUGGAAGCUGUCUGGGAUGUCUGUUAUAAUGAUACGAAGCCAUUUGAUAGAGCUCCUUGAAACAUGCUAUGUCUACUAAUUUAGCUUCUGCUGCUGCAAAUUUUUUUUUUUUUUUUUUGAAGAUGAUAUCAAAGACUACCUUGGCAUUCAAGUGCAGGAACGAGUCCUACAUAUUCAACAAGAUUAUUCAAUUCUUCUAAAAAUAUUUUACUCGUUUUUCUCUGAUAUGCUGCGGCACCAUAAAGAUUCUUCUAUUUAUGGACAUUAAAGCGAGGUCCAUGCCAGUUAUUGAUAUUUUUCUUAGAGCUCAGAUUGGAAAGGAAGUUCUUGUCAGUUACACCUUUCUGAAAAGGGGAUUUAUUUCAAGAACAUCGAUUCUUAAGGAUGAGACGUAUGUAUUUGAAUUAUGCUAAUAAGAUGCAUCAUAUGCUUCUUUUUGACUGGAUUAACAAAAUGCUACUAGGAUUUGAGCGAUUGACAUUACAAAUACAAUGUGUAGAAUCAACAUCUUCUUCAUUACAGGAAAUAGGUAAACUAAAGGCGUUUCUUUCAAUUUCAAUGGAUUGUGAUUUUUUUUAA